UGUUUUCCAGCUUUAAAAAGGCAGGCGGCAGAGCACGGCCCUGCGUCAGAGAGAGACUUGGAGGCUGCGAACUCGCCGGCGGGGUCGCCGCGCCGGAUCCAAGCGGCCAGGCGCGGGCUCCGGGCGCGGCGCACACUCUGGUCCCGCCGCGCGCGGGUCCUAGGCCGAAGCCGGGUCUGCCACGCGCGCACGCCCCCUGAUGACAUCUCUCCCUGGCGCGCGGCGCUGAGCCCGGCCCGGCGCGUGUCCGCUGCGGAAAGGUCCGGGUCCCAGAGCUCAGCCCGGGCGCCCCGCCGCCCGUGGCCGCUCCUCCUCCAGCUGCGAACCGCCGCCGUCGCGUGGAUGCCAAGUACCAGCUUUCCAGUCCCUUCCAAGUUUCCACUCGGCCCUCCGGCCGCAGUCUGCGGGAGCGGAGAAACUUUGGGGCCCACGCCGCCCGCAGGCGGCACCAUGAAGGCGGCCGAGGAAGAACACUACAGCUACGCCCCCACCGGCCUCCCUGCUCUGCCUCUCGCCGAGGCACACACCUCUUUGCCAGCUCCGUGCCAUGACCUUCAGACGUCCGCACCAGGCAUCUCAGCUGUGCCUUCCUCAAGUCACCCCUCGGGGUACGGAGGGACUGUGGACAGCGGGGCUUCGGGCUACUUCCUGUCUUCCAGCAACGCCCGGCCCAAUGGGGCCCCAGCCCUAGAGAGCCCUCGCAUUGAGAUCACCUCGUACAUGGGCCUGCACCAUGGCAGCAGCCAGUUCUUCCACGACGUGGAAGUGGAGGAUGUGCUUCCUAGCUGCAAGCGCUCGCCGUCCACGGCCACACUGAGCCUGCCCGGUCUGGAGGCCUACAGAGACCCCUCAUGCCUGAGCCCGGCCAGCAGUCUGUCCUCCCGGAGCUGCAACUCCGAGGCCUCCUCCUACGAGUCCAACUACUCAUACCCAUAUGCAUCCCCUCAGACAUCCCCAUGGCAGUCGCCCUGUGUGUCUCCCAAGACCACGGACCCUGAGGAAGGCUUUCCCCGAGGCCUGGGGGCCUGCCACCUUCUGGGCUCCCCGAGACACUCCCCGUCCACCUCGCCUCGCACCAGUGUCACUGAGGAGAGUUGGCUGGGGGCCCGAGGCUCCCGGCCCACAUCCCCUUGUAACAAACGGAAGUAUAGCCUCAAUGGCCGGCAGCCCUCCUGCUCCCCACACCAUUCGCCCACCCCAUCCCCUCACGGCUCCCCACGCGUCAGCGUGACCGAGGACACCUGGCUGGGCAACUCCACCCAGUACACCAGCUCGGCUAUCGUGGCGGCCAUCAAUGCCCUGACCACGGACAGCAGCCUGGACUUGGGUGACGGCAUCCCUGUCAAGUCCCGCAAGACGGCCCUGGAGCACUCACCCUCUGUGGCACUCAAGGUGGAGCCGGCUGGGGAGGACCUGGGCACACCACCACCCACAUCUGACUUCCCGCCCGAGGAGUUUGCCUUCCAGCAUCUCCGGAAGGGUGCCUUCUGUGAGCAGUACCUGUCAGUGCCGCAGCCCCCGUACCAGUGGGCCAAGCCCAAGUCGCUGACCCCUGCGUCUUACAUGAGCCCAUCUCUGCCCGCUCUUGACUGGCAGCUGCCGUCCCACUCUGGCCCCUAUGAGCUGCGGAUUGAGGUACAGCCCAAAUCCCACCACAGAGCUCACUACGAGACAGAGGGCAGCCGGGGGGCCGUGAAGGCGUCAGCUGGAGGACACCCCAUCGUGCAGCUACAUGGUUACUUGGAAAAUGAGCCACUCACUCUACAGCUGUUCAUUGGGACGGCGGACGACCGCCUGCUGCGGCCCCAUGCCUUCUACCAGGUCCACCGGAUCACAGGGAAAACUGUUUCCACCACCAGCCAUGAGGCCAUCCUGUCCAACACCAAAGUCCUGGAGAUCCCGCUGCUGCCGGAAAAUAACAUGCGAGCCAUCAUCGACUGUGCUGGGAUUCUAAAGCUCAGAAACUCUGACAUCGAGCUGCGGAAAGGGGAGACUGACAUCGGGCGGAAGAACACCAGGGUGCGGCUGGUCUUCCGAGUGCACGUCCCACAGCCCAGUGGCCGGACGCUGUCCCUCCAGGUCGCCUCGAACCCCAUUGAGUGCUCCCAGCGGUCAGCCCAAGAGCUGCCCCUCGUGGAGAAGCAGAGCACAGACAGCUACCCGGUCAUCGGUGGGAAGAAGAUGGUCCUCUCUGGCCAUAACUUUCUACAGGACUCCAAGGUCAUUUUUGUGGAGAAGGCUCCAGAUGGUCACCAUGUCUGGGAGAUGGAGGCAAAAACUGACAGAGACCUGUGCAAGCCAAAUUCCCUGGUGGUUGAAAUACCACCUUUCCGCAACCAGAGAAUAACCAGCCCUGUCCAAGUCAGUUUCUAUGUCUGCAAUGGGAAGAGAAAGAGAAGCCAGUACCAGCAUUUCACCUACCUUCCUGCCAAUGUUCCAAUUAUAAAAACAGAACCCACCGAUGACUAUGAGCCUGCCCUGACCUGCGGACCCAUGAGCCAGGGGUUAAGUCCUCUCCCAAGGCCGUACUACAGCCCACAGCUCACGAUGCUGCCUGACCCCAGCUCCUGCCUUGUGGCUGGCUUCGCCCCAUAUCCACAGAGGAGCACCAUGAUGUCCACGCCUCCCAGCUCGAGUCCAAAGCUCCACGACCUUUCUUCUGCAGCCUACACCAAGGGCAUCACCAGCCCAGGCCACAGUCACCUUGGACUUCAGCCGCAGGCUGCAGAGGCCCCCACCAUUCAGGAAGUGCCGAGACCCAUGGCUGUGCAGCCUGGCUCACCCAAGCAGCCCCCUCCAGUCCUGCUGCAGCCGCAGGUGAGUCCACAUCUGAGCAGUAGCUGUUCCCUUGGUUACCAACAAGCACUCUGUCCCAACAGCCCCUCUUCUCCACUUUCAUCCACUGCCCACGAGCCAACCUGCUUGCAGUCCUCAGCCCACCCUCCCACCACGGGCCAGCAGCAGCAGCAGUCACCGAAGGUUCGAGGAAAUGAGUCUCCAGUCACCGGGCCAUUGUCACUGCCAGAGGUGCGUGAGGACAGUAAUCAUAAUUUGGCCCCUAUUCCUGUAACGAUCAAGCGAGAACCUGAAGAGUUGGACCAGUUGUACCUGGACGAUGAUUACUCCUCCAGCUGCCCUCAGAGCUCACUAUUACACCUAAAUGAAAUCAUACGCAACGAUCUCUCCAGCACGAGCCCCCAUUCAUAGGUGGCCACGUUGGAGCUGACAGCUGUGUGGAGUCAGCUCAGUGGGACAGCUGAGCCUCAGCUUAUGAGACUUGUGAUGAAAUGACCUGAGCACGUCUGGUACCACUCAGAACUUCCAACUGACUGAACGCUAGGAGCUAAAGACUACAUGGACAAAGAGGGAGCUCUCUAACAAGAAGGGAGGAAGGCAGGCCGCCGCAUCUCCUGAAAGAACAGCCAUCUCAUAAAAACAGAGGGUGGAUGAGGCCAGGGACGGGCCCUCAUAGGUAGAGCCUGGCUUGCAAGCAAACCCAAGCCUAACUCUCCGCACCCUGGAUCUCAAUACUGGAAGAAGUGCCUUAUUUACUCAGACCACCACACCAGGGCAUCAUGGAAUUGAACAUUGGAUUUACUACCACGAGAGUAUUUGUAGAAGCAAAAGCUAUAAAAACAUUUCAUUAUGAGGCUUUAUCCUUUGUAUAAAUUAAGAGAAUUCUGGCAAGCUAGCCAGAGUUGUGAGAGAAACCUAAUAUGACUUCCUUCUUAUUUCAACUUUUCCUGGGCUGUACUAUACAACUCUGUUGCCUUAUUCAGUGCAUUUUAGAGAUUUUCCAAUCUGCCAUCUCAGCUCUUUCAGUCUAUAUUCCCUCCUCUGUGUGACUAAAACAAUAGGAUUAUUAAUAGUAGCAUGCUGGGAAUUUUUGUUUAUAAUCCGGCUUCGAACAUAGCACAGGGACAUUAAAUAGCACAAGUAGGGUACUGGACAAAAAGGAAACCUGUCUGUCACAGGAUAGAUUUGCAUUUGCAUGUGUGUACAUAUAUAGGCAUAUAUUUAUGUAUCAGUAGUGAGUGACAGGGACGGUGAUGAUCAGGCUGUGCCCAGCGGGGCUUCCACGUUAGCAAUAAUCAGGAUCCACUUUGGAGAAUGCACCUGAGUCUAAACCUGGCUUCCAUCACCUUCCUGUUGAGGUUCAUAGCCCCACAGAGAUAGAUACAGGUGGCAUUUUCUCUUCUCAUGCAGUUACAGAGCACUUUAGAUUGUGUGGAGGUGCAUUCAGAUGCCCGUAGGUUAGCACAUAGCAAAAUUGGGAAGUAAUUGUAAAUAACAUUACAAUGGGAGUGUAAUAUAUUUGUUCUAUUAUAGGAUUAUUAUUUCACAGAAGCCUUAUAGCUAGUGCUGUGCUUCAUCUAAGAAAACAAUUACCAAAAACAAUGUUUUCAGAUGUAGCUACUAUAUAUGUAAUGUUGUCAGAUUAGUUACUGUUAACAGAUAGGUUAAUGUAGGCUUUCCUGCUGCAUUUUGUAUAAUUAACUGCUUAUUACACACUAUUAUUAGUAAUGACCUAUUGUUUCAUAUAACCAAAAAGCAUGGUUUAAUUAAAACAUGUUUAAACCUAAUACAGUAAUUGUGCCUUAGGAGUUAACGCCCCCUUAUGGAACAUGCCUGAGUUGCACCUUGGGUGGAGGUUGUAAGCUACAGUCACGGACAGGAAGAAUCAUCUUUAAAAUAUUCGUCUGUACGACUAUGUCUUACCUUUUUCUAACUCGCAGAAAAGAAACAACAAUCUGAAAGCCAUAUCUGAGCGUUUGGACACGACUGUGAAGAGCUGAUGUGCGACCAUGUUGUACGUACGCUCCUGCCCGCCGGCAGGCCUCCCGCCUGCAGCCCAGAUAUUUGCCCUGUGUUAACUAACCGUCGUGGAGUUGCAUGAACCAUUUCUGAGCAGACUGUCAUAUGAAAGGAAGUGUUUGAUAUUUGUAUCCGCUAUCUUUGUAGUUAGAAAAUGGAUCUAAUAAAGCAGUAUUUUUUUUUUCUUUUCUGGACAGUCUUAGCCUGCAAGUAAUAUUCAUUACUUGUAUGGAAAAUUCUACUUUGUUCUCCAUUGCACAUACAUUAGAUGGUCUGUAAGAAGUGUUUCAUGUUGAUAAAGCUGGAUGCUUACGUGAUUAUUUAAACACAGAAA